AUGGCUGGACAAUAUAGUAAUUGUCUGGUUUGUCCGAUUACAUUUGCUUUAUUUCAUGAUCCUGUAGUUGCUGAAGAUGGUCAUACAUAUGAACGUAGUGCUAUAAUUGAUUGGAUUCAACGUAAUGGUACGAGUCCAUUGACACGUGAAUCCAUUACUAUUGCAGGAUUACGUCCAAAUCAUAUUGUUAAAACUUUAGUGAAUGAAUUUCGAGAAAAUUUAUCGAAGCAUGAUUAUAAAUUUAAGUUAGGUGUUGAUAUUGAACGUUGUCAAAAUCCUUUUUUUCAAACAACUGGUAAAGCACUUUUUGAAGCUAAAUGGAUUGGAAAUCCAAAUGGACCACCAAUUGUUUUACUUAAAUUAUAUGGUGCUCGUGCUGAAAAAGAAGCUUCUUUCUAUGAAAAUUUAACACGUCAUCCACAUAUUGUUUAUACAUACGGUUUAGUCCAAGCAUCAUCAACGAUGAAUAAUUCUGAAACAUUUGUUAUGCUAUUACAAGAAAUGGCACCUAAAGGAAGUUUAUUUAAUUAUCUUGAACAUCAUGCAGAAACAAACCCUAACAGAUCAUUGUCGGAUAUAUUAUUAAAAGAAAUUUUUGUACAAAUAACUGAUGCAAUGAUAUUUCUAUCAAGUAAAAAUAUUAUACAUGGUGAUUUAGCUUGUCGUAAUGUAUUAGUAUUUCGUCUGGAUGAUGAAGAACCAAAGAAAGCAUUAGUUAAAUUAACUGAUUUUGGUAUUAGCCGUGGUAAUUGUAUGUAUUCAAAAAUAGAUGCUGUAAAUACUGCUAUUGAUAUUGUACCUAUUCGAUCAUCACCACCUGAAGUACUUGCAAAUAUUGAUGAUGAUGAUGAUACAGUUGAUGUUUUUACAGAAAAAUUAGAUAUGUAUGCAAUGGGUGUACUUAUGUGGGAAGCUUAUUCAAAUGGAAAACUACCAUGGGGACAAUAUAAAAAUGAAUCGGUAAUACGUAAGAAAGUAAUUAGUGGAGAACGUUUAUCUCGUCCAAAUUUUUGUAAAUCAGAUUAUCAGUGGGAAUUAAUAUUAAAAUGUAUGUCACAAAAACCUGAUGAUCGGCCAACAUUUUUGGAAUUAAAAACUCAAUUAAACGAAUCUAAUCCAACACUUAUUAAUUCAUCUAUAACAAAUUCACCUUCACCAAUAAUUCAUCCAACAACGGUCGUAGCUGUAAUACAAGAACAAAAAAAAGUCGAACAGAGACCACAAUCGAUUAUCGAUACAAUUGAAACACAUAAAUUAGAUUCUCCCGAUCAUACAGAAACAUAUAAAUUAGAUUCUCCCAGUUAUAAUGAAACAGAGCGCGCAUCUUUUCCAGUCAUUGUUGGAAACGUGAAACUACGAAAGAGCUUUUUUGAACAAAAAAUUGAAGAACAACAACGAUCAUCAACUGUUGAUCAAUCAAGAAUAAGUUUAGGCCCGAAAUCAUCAAUAGUAAGAACAGCAAGUAUCAAAUCAACACGUCCACCAGAAGAAUUAAUUAAGGUUGGAUUUAUUCUUGUAUAA